AAUUCGCUCCGGCAAUUUGAGGCCACACAUUUUGGCGAUCCUGCCAGGUUGUUUGUUGGAUCCUGAUACUGAUUUCAAAAGGAGAUUGACAUCAACAUAAUUUUCACGAAGACAGAGGAAGGAAAUCACUUGAUUGAAACACUGCGCGAAGACGGGAAGCCUAGUGACAAAAUCAUAAAGCGAAUAACACAUCUACUUUGCGAUUUUCUAAAGUUGAACUAUGGAGUUCGUGCCUCUACCCACUACAAAAACAUGCUCGCAAAAUCCUUGGUACAGUCCUACCCCGUUUUGGCAUCAACUGUAUCUAUUGUACCGCAUGCGCUAUGGUUUUAUUUGAAUGGCAGAGGCGAUGGCAAGCAUGCCGGUAAGAUACACUACCGAAUGGAGUAUCUGGCCAAACGAGCAGAGGGACGAGUGUUCAACAGAAAAGUACAAAUAUCAAAGGAGCAACCAGUGAAGAUUGAAGAAUCCAGCCUAUCUGAAACUGAUUUGUUUGCAAUGGUAGAGGAAUUAAAGUUUAUUGUACCCGUACCUGACAACCGGAAGCGUAUCAAUCUGCUGUGGGAUUACACAUUUGCAUACCGUUGCCAGUACCGCACCAACGACGACUUUUUGUCUUUCUUGGAAGAAUUUCCCGUUUCAAGUGGAUUUAACGGAGAACUGAUUGAGUAUGACUACAGACGAUUGACAAACCGCAACAUUGUUUUUGCUGAAGAAUGGACAAAAUGGGAGCAGAUGGUACUCCACACAUACAGACAUACUUUCAAGGAAGUGUCCGAUGAUUUUCUAAGAGCACUUGCCAUCAUUCGCUUGAAAAAUCCAACCCGAGGGUCAAAACGGCUCCGCGAUGAUAACCAGUCAAAAGAAAAUCCUUUGUAUGGGCACAGACAAACAGACGUAACACUUCCCAUUUCCACAUCGUUCACGUGUUCAACGGUUGAUUUGAAAUAUAUCUGUGCUACGCGAUUGUGCCACGAGAGGCGCUAGUGUUCAAUCGCUUUGACAUUUGAUUAGUGUAUAUGCUGCUGAAUGUUUUCUGUGUUGAUGACGAUGAUGAUGAUGAUUGAUAUAGACCCCAUAAAACAUUUGACAGAUGGGAAAUUUGCUGGUACACCGACGAAGUCGGGUGCCGACGAAAUCAACUGUUUUUAUGGCCGACGAAAUCGGGUGCUGACCUUGGUGUCGACGAAACCAACUGUUUUUACCACCGACGAAAUCGGGUGUCGUAAAAAUCAUCCUUCAUAAAUACCAACUAAAUCUGGUGCCUUCCAAAUCAUUUGUAUUGUCAACCUAUUUAAUCGGCUGGCUCAUAGACAUCAUCUAGAUCGACGUAUCAAUCGA